AUGUUCGCCAACCGCUACGGCCUUUCUGGCCUCCUGAAGGAGGGUCACAGGAGCUUCACAGGCAUCGACGAGGUGACUGCGAAAAACAUCGACGCCGGCCGAGCGCUCUCCGACCUCACUCGCACUUCCCUCGGUCCGAACAGUUUGUCUAAGUUGAUUGUCACCUCACUGGGGAAGCGCAUCGUGACAGCGCACAGCUCGCUGAUUGUGAAAGAACUCGAAGUCCAGCACCCCGCGGCGAAGAUGCUCGCGAUGGCUGCCGACAUGCAGCAGCAAGAGUUUGGCGGAUCUGUCAACGUACUCCUCGUCUUCGCCGGUCAGCUCCUCACUCAGGCGGAGGACUUGCUGAAGCAGGGCUUGCAUCCCAACGACGUCGUGCGCGGCUACGAAAUGGCCUUGGCGAAAGUCCCCGCCUUCUUGGAAGAGAGCGUCUGCUACACGCUCAAGAAUCUUUACGACGAGCAGGCGCUUGCUGAAGUGCUGGUCUCGACGGUCGGCACGAUGCCGCUCUGCGCAGAGGGUCAGCUGCAUAAGCUCGUGGCGCAGGCUGCGACGAUGGUCAUGCCGCCCAACAACCCCACAGGCUUCGACGUGGAGAACAUCCGCGUCGCCAAACUCGUCGGCGGCAACCUGUCUCAGUCCGUCGUCCUCAAAGGCAUGGUCGUUACGCGACCCCCCAGCGGGAGUGUGGAGAGCAAGCAGAACUGCAAGGUGAUGGUGUUGGGCUGCGGCCUGGAGUGCGCGACGACGGAGGCGAAAGGAACCGUGCUUGUGCGCAGUGCGGAGGAGCUGAAAAACUUCACCAAGGGCGAAGAGAAGCAGAUGGAGGAAAUCAUAAAGGGAAUCAAGGACGCCGGCGUCGAGGUCAUCAUCGUCCACGGCGGAGCCAUCAGCGACGUCGCCCAGCACUUUUGCAACAAAUACGACAUUCUCACGCUCAAGAUUCAAUCCAAGUUCGAAACCCGCCGCCUCUGCAGGGCCUUGGGCGCCACCGCGGUCGUCCGCCUGGGCGUUCCCACUGCGGACGAGCUGGGCACCUGCGUCUCUAUCUCUGUCUCGGAGAUAUCCUCGAAGAAGGUCACCAACAUCCUCACAAAGGACUCGCGCGUUUGCACGGUCGUGCUGCGCGGGAGCACCCCGUCGGUGCUCGACGAGGCCGAGCGCGCAAUCGACAGCGCAGCGAACCUCGUGAAGGCGCUCACCAAGGACCCGCGCCUCGUCGCCGGCGCUGGCGCCACCGAGAUGGAAAUGUCGAGGAAGUUCGCGGCCUUCGGCGCGACCCUCCCGGGCGUGGAGCAGUACGCCGUGAUGAAGUUCGGCGAAGCGUUCGAGAUGAUUCCCCGCCUCCUCGCAGAGAGCUCCGGCCGCAGCGGCACUGAGGUGUUGGCGGCUCUGCAUGCGGCGCACGGCCAGGGCCGAGUGAACGAGGGAGUCAACGCAGACAUCAGCGUGGGAUGCGGCUCCAGCGGGAAGCGCGCGGGUGCGUCCGGCGCCGCGUCCUCCUCUCUGACUGUGAACGCACUGGAGAAGCAGAUCUUUGACCAUCACAUGAUGAAGCAGUGGGCGAUCCGCCUGGGCGCGGACGCAGCGCUCACGGUCCUCCGCGUGGACCAAAUCAUCAUGGCGCGUCCUGCUGGCGGCCCAGCUCCGCGAGCCCCUGGCGCGCCGGAUCUCGACUAA